CGAAGAUGGAGGAGUACGCGCGUGAGCCCUGUCCCUGGAGGAUAGUAGAUGACUGCGGAGGUGCUUUCACGAUGGGAGCGAUAGGAGGUGGCAUUUUCCAAGCGAUCAAGGGGUUCAGAAAUUCCCCAGUGGGCGUAAACCACCGGCUGCGGGGAAGUUUGACAGCUAUUAAAACAAGAGCUCCACAACUGGGAGGUAGCUUUGCUGUCUGGGGAGGUCUCUUCUCCAUGAUUGACUGCAGUAUGGUCAGAAUGAGAGGGAAAGAAGAUCCGUGGAAUUCAAUCACAAGUGGAGCCCUGACUGGAGCUAUAUUAGCUGCAAGAAAUGGACCUGUCGCCAUGGUCGGAUCUGCUGCGAUGGGAGGAAUUCUCCUAGCUUUAAUUGAAGGAGCUGGUAUUCUGUUAACAAGAUUUGCCUCCACACAGUUUCCAAACGGCCCUCAGUUCUCAGAUGACCCCUCCCAGUUGCAGCCCUCUCCGUUUGGCGACUACAGACAAUACCAGUGAUUAUCCUCAUUCUCCUAGUUCACGUUGUACCUGAGCUGUAAUUUAAAAUGCUGGAGGACCAAGAUGCGGUAUGUCUUUACACCAGGGGUAGUCUCUUACACAAACCAUGCCAAGAGGACCUUCAGCACUUUUCAGUGUAAAGCUGCACAGGCGAACUUUUAGAAGAUGACAAAUCUAUUUAUUCAUGAUAGAUUCCAUUGCUGUAAUGUUAAUACAUGUCUGAUAGAAUACAUGGAGAUUUAAGACAAGGACCAAACGGAGUCUUGUCGUCCUUUGGACGUGGACUGAAGUGAAAGUCGUUGGAGUCUUCUCUGGGAUGUGGCAUUGACCAUCCACAGCGAACGCAGCUGGAAUUUAGCCUCUUCCCCAUUGGAUUUAGGUUGCUACACAUAUUUCAGCUUAAGGAACAGAGUUCAUCUACACGCAGUUUUACAUUCCUAAAGUGAAUAUUAUUGGGAGAAUGCGCAAGCCAGUGAAAAUUACUUCCAGCAAUAUAUAUUUCACUGCUCUUCUUUGUUUUCUACGCUACCGCCAUGCAGCCUAAAGCAGAAUCUGCCUUUUGUGGAUCCGCAGGCUGCAGCGUACCUCCGCCUUCCCCUAAACCCACCAGGCUUUGAGCCCCUUUUAGCAAGAGCUGGCAGCAAACUAAUUCUUCACCUCUGCCGCUGCUUGCCGUGGCUUUCGCAGCAGGCUCGAAAGGGAACACCACAGACAGCUUCCCCUCCUAGAACCGUGCAGCGAGGUGUGUGUAGGGGCCCCGAACAGAAAACACGUAGGCCUGUGGGGCCGGAGGGUGAAGCGUCGCACCCGCGUGCCUGCUGCCAGCGCAGCCUCUUGCCUUUUCACCUCGGAUCCAGUCCUAAGUACAAUUAAAACAUCUGCUCCAUGUUUUUGUUCUUAAACUCCGCUUGUGGAGGCAUGUUCCCUUUUGCCAGCAGUUAAAAAAUCAUAUCCAGUGAGGUUUUCUGUUGUUAAUACUACUGCUUGCUGGCAGUUUCUGAUAGAAUAUCCGUAUUCAAAAAGACUUGAGUAAUGUUAUCUGAGCUGCUUCCUGGCUUUUCCUCUGCCCAGGGAGGAGCUUGAUCGCUGCGCUCUGUCAGGAAAUGAAGUCAGACCCAUGUAGUAGGAGGACAGGAUGAAAAUAACACAGAAGCGGUCACAGUAAUGGUUGACAAAUGGGUGAAUUAGGAUUGUACGAAGCGUGCGUGCAAGUGCAGGAUCCUGACCAUCUCCUGUCAUCCUGUAAAAGUGACAUUUUCCUGUUUCCACCCCCCUGCCUGUCCUAGAACCUCUCCGGGACUGCCGCGGCUUGCGUCUCUGGUACCGUACUGUUUCAUAUAGUUGCUGCUGGUGUGUAAUUUUCAAAAACGUUAAGCACAAAAGCACUCUGUGUGUGUGUGAAGGCUCGUCUUGCUUUGCUGCUUACCUGGUUCCUCGGGCGAAUUUUAAAGACAAUUUUCUUGAUUUGUGUCACCCA